UACGACAGUACUUCAGGUAUCAUUUGCACUUAUAGUCCUUGUAAGUUGUUGCUACUUCCGUAAACUGAGAGGAAACGCUUAUCUCAUAAACGAGAAGUAAAGACAAGAGACGCCCUACUCCUUGUGAACGACAAACUUAAAGCUGCCUUAGGCUGAACUGCUGAAGCGAGGGACACUGCUGUGAAACAUACUACCCCACUCUGGUCAGUUGUAAAGCGACACAGAUCACAGAUUUAAAGUAAGCGAAUGACCAGCAGUGGAUACAUUAAGUGAAGACCUCUUUUCAGAAAAUUACGGUUCAGUUAAACUGAACCCUGGACAUUUGAGGAUCUGCUGUAUUUUUCUAACCUUAUACAACAAAGAUGGAGGACAUAGAUGCCAUGUUCAGCGAUCUUCUCGGUGAGAUGGAUCAGCUGUCACAGAGUUUAGGAGUGGAGAACCCUCCAGCUGAACAGACUCGUGCCCACAUAUCUGACUAUAAUUUUUCAUCUGAGCAGAACCAGCCAUACACAUUUGACUAUAAUAUCUCAGUUGGGUUUAAAGAUCUGCAUGAGUCUCUUCAUGAAUUAGAAGACAAUGAUUUGGAUGCGUUGAUGGCAGACUUGGUAGCAGAGAUCAGUGAAGUGGAAGCACAAAGCAAUUCAUUGGCUACCCGUGGGAAUAAAGUCACCCAUACUACAGUGGACUUUGGCAUUACCACACCUGAUGACUUCACACCAUCCUUUCCCUCUCCUGUGCAUGUGAAUACCCCAGGCCACAAGCCUACAUAUGUGCAUGCAAGGGAGUCUGAAGAUUUUCUGCCACCACCUCCACCUCAGACAGAAACAGCACUGCCACCACCGCCACCUUCCGAACCCAGCAUACCUUUAACAGAGGAAGAAAUAGAGUCCAGAGCAAAAGCAGACAAGAUAAAACUUGCUUUGGAGAAACUGAAGGAAGCAAAAGUUAAAAAGCUUGUUGUUAAGGUGCAUCUGAAUGACAGCAGUUCAAAGACAUUAAUGGUGGAUGAGAGGCAGACAGUGCGUGACAUUUUAGACAACAUGUUCGAAAAGACACAUUGUGACUGCAGUGUCGAGUGGUGUUUGAUUGAAGUAAAUCCAGAGUUACAGAUUGAAAGGUUUUUUGAAGAUCACGAGAACCUGGUAGAAGUGCUGUCACACUGGACAAGGGAUAGUGAAAACAAAGUUUUGUUUUUGGAGAAAAAAGAGAAGUAUGCUAUUUUUAAGAAUCCUCAGAACUUCUAUCUGGCAAAGAAAGGUAAAGGUGAAGGGAAGGAGAUGAAAGAAAAGAACAAAGAAUCUUUAUUGGAGGAAUGCUUCUGUGGAACAUCAGUCAUUGUGCCGGAGCUAGAGGGAGCCCUAUUUUUAAAAGAAGAUGGAAAGAAGUCUUGGAAGCGGCGUUAUUUCCUUCUGCGAGCUUCAGGAAUUUAUUAUGUUCCCAAAGGAAAGACUAAGACAUCUCGUGACCUUGCCUGCUUUGUCCAAUUCGAUAAUGUGAAUGUGUACUUUGGUAUUAAGUUCAAAGUAAAGUACAAGGCACCGACCGAUCACUGUUUUAUUCUAAAGCACCCCCAGAUCCAGAAAGAGUCUCAGUAUAUUAAGUAUGUGUGCUGUGAUGAUCCAUGGACUUUACAGCAGUGGGUUACUGGGAUACGAAUAGCAAAGUUUGGAAAGACUCUGUAUGACAACUAUAAGGCUGCAGUGCAAAAGGCAGGCCUGGCAUCUCGAUGGACAAACUUAUCAACUUUAGACUCAAUGAAAACUGGGUCUUCAACAGAUACAGCUCAAGCAAAUGGACAGAUCUGCCAGACUGUAACUCCUGUGAGUUCAGCCUUUUCUGAGGCAUGGAAGAGAGCUGAAAUAUCCAAGGAUAAUAAAAUAAAAGACAGCAACAAGACCAAUUUUCCACCACCUCCACCAGCAAGUACAAUACAGAGUCAAAGAUUUAUGGAUGAGAUACUCCCUCCACCACCACCUCCACCUGUAGCAUCUGGUCCUAUUCCAUCUGAGACUCGACAAAAACCAGUUAUACAUUUUCCACCACCGCCACCAGUGGAUGACUUCCCUCUACCACCACCACCACCCCCAUCCAGCAAUGAUGUUGAUGAACCCCCACCUGAUUUUCUGCCACCUCCCCCUCCUUGCAUCAGUACUGGAGAUGGAGUCCCACCCCCACCACCUCCACCACCUCCUAUGCCAUCUGUAAGCCAGAACCAGCCAGUUUUGAGAAAGGUCGGCCCUCCACCUCCAAAGAGAGAGAGCAGUAUGUAUGGCGAACCAGGGAGAGCAGGAUCUCAUGCGAUGGGUGGUGGAGGUGGACAACCAGAUGUGAUGGCUGACCUGAUGAAAGCGCUACAGAAGAAAAGAGGAAAUGUUUCCUAAUGUAGCAAGCAGUAUAUGUGCUUCAUGAAUGCUGUUUGCCUGUCUAAAACGUUCUACAUGUAACAAAAGAAACUUUUCUUCUAAGAGACAGGCAUGUGAUCUCAUUCAAAGACUCACAUUGGUUUCGGAAAAUUAAAGCACAAUUUAGGCUAUUGCUAACUACACACAUUUUAUAAAUUUAGUACUGAGUGUACUAAAGUCAUAGCAUUCUUAGUCAUACCUCUCAGCUUCUCAGAACAAGAAAUCUGAACGUCUAAAAUAAUGGGGGGACAAAGGCCUAAAAAAGGGACAGAUUUUAAAUAUUGCUCUUAU